UCCUUCAUUUUCCAAUGGUGGAAGUGGCUGGAGCUGACAGCAUGCUUCUAGUCCACAGACCCUGGACGACAGCUGACAUGAAGGAAAGCAUGGCUUCUCUUCCAAUGUGAGAGAGGUAGGAGGAAAGAGAUUUGGUAACGAACUGUUGAUGUUUUGCAGAGAAUUCCGACUGACUACCCAUGAACUUCGCCGCCUACUCAUGACCAAGAUGGGUAUAGAUUGGAGAAGGUUUUCCAGAGAGCGGCCAGAAGCUGACCAGCGGAUGGCAAUAACUGCUCAGCCUGGACCUAGAGGAAGAGGUAGAGGCCAAGGCAGGACGACCUGGGGUGACUCGUUCUGGAUAAAAGGCGCAACCUGCUACAACUGCAAUCAGAAGGGACACAUUGCUUGAGAUUGUCUCCACAGUAGCAAACAGAGGCCCUGUGAGGAGUACAGCAAGGCAGACUGACGGGCGAACUCCGGGAAUGGGCCCCGCACAGAAAACAGGGGAGGUAACACACACACACCUGAUGAUACACAUAGACAGGAGCAUUCACAUAACGUUAAACACAUUAGUAGCAGCACCUGCAUGCAACAGCAAGACUACACAGAAACGCAGAUACACCAGUCCAGAUAGAUACACCUGAAGUUGCAUUAAGUUUGUUAAAAUACGCAACUACUCCCUUCUCUAAACUCCCUUGUAUGCCCCUCACUGUAUGUGGGCAUGAGUUAAACUUUUUAGUAGAUUCUGGAGCAGGACACUCAGUGAUACAACAUGGGGUACUUCCAGUAGACCCACCGCUCAGCUCAAAUUAAAUUCAGAUGAUGGGCAUCUCAGGACGACCUGUAACCGAAACUUUCUCAGUCAACCUCCCAUGUAAAAGUGAGGGAGGAAUAGUUACGUCCCACUCAUUCCUCAUCUCACAUACAUGUCCAGUAAAUUUGUUAGCACAUGAUUUAAUGUGCAAAUUAGGAGUAAAUCUCACGUCCACUCCAGAUGGACUAACUAUUGAAGUAACUGAAAUGUGCGGUGUGCAGUAUGGGUUUGGAAGCCCCCUGUAUGUGUAUGUCUGACGGCUCUGCUCAGAUCAACUCACACAAACUCCCAAACACCUUGUACAGCUCACACACUUGAACACCUCAUCAGUUGACACAGAUUAUAUGAAAGAGGAAGAUUUACAUUGUACAGCACAUGUUCACCAAGGGCAAGAUGUGGAGUUUGAAAAGACUUGGUUUGCAGACCCCCAUGUAUGUGAAAGAAUGACCCUCAAAACUACAUAUUGGUCUAAACAUUAUUGCACUGUGCAGGUCCAUUUUACUCAUUGUCCGAACAACUGCAUCAAUGUUCAUCGCAAUGUUCGCAAACAUGUUAUACGCGGCCUCGUGUCAGAGGACUCUGAGGUCAGCUGCUGGCAGCAUGAUUUCUUUGACAUCGUUAAUUCUAUACCCCAUGUCUCAUUAGCAAAGCCACGAGCCACCCAUUGGAAAGACGUAGGGAAAUGGGUCAAGAAGUGCGCAGUCAAUGGCAAUGAAUGGUCCCAAACAGAGGACCCUAGUGUGUUGUUUUGCCAAAAGCUUGGGGUCUACAAACAAAGUCAUGCUAUGUGUGUGCAUGUUAAGCGCAGCGUAAUAUUAGCCACUGAUGACCGGGAUCCUGGGGAUCCCGGCCAUAAUGGCCUGUUUGUCUCUGUUUCCACGGGCAUAACUCCAGCAGAGGUGCACCCCAAAUUGGCGGGAGUUCCAAAUUCCUUUUGGACGAAGGGUAAACAUGAUGUAGGCCUAAUAAAGAAUGCUGAACCAGUGGUGAUCACCCCCAAAUCAGAUUCCAGGCCUAAACAGACACAGUACCCACUCAAACCAGAAGAAAUUGCAGGUAUAAGACCGGUUUUUGAUUCAUUGCUGAAGGCAGAUGUAAUUGUCCCUUGCCAGGACUCUCCAAUGCGCACUCCUAUUUUUCCAGUUAAGAAGGCAAGAAAACCGUCCCAGCCCGAUGAGUGGAGGUUUGUCCAAGAUCUGCAAGCAGUCAAUGCUGCGGUUGUUCCACAUGCACCCGACGUCCCUAAAGUGCACUCUGCAGACCACACCCACUCUGGGAUUGCCUGACCCCAAUAAACCAUUUGUUCAAAUUGUAGAUGAAAAGAGGGGUUUUAUGACCUCUGUUCUUUUGCAGAAACACGGGGAUAGAUUGAGACCUGUAGCCUACUUCUCCAGCAGGCUGGAUCCAGUGGCGGCUGGACUUCCUGUUUGCCUGCGUGCAGUUGCUGCAGCUGAAAAGGCGGUAACUGCCUCCAAAAAUAUUGUGGGGUAUUCUAACCUCACCCUUUUGGUCCCACAUGCUGUCUCCCUGCUUCUGUUGGAGAAAAAGACGUCACAUUUGUCAGCACAGAUAUGGUUAAAGUAUAACACUGUCAUACUUGAUAUGCCUAACAUCAUGGUGAAACGUUGUUCUGUUCUGAAUCCUGCCUCUCUUCUCCCUACAGAGGACAAUGGAGAACCAGAUGACUGUGUCACUCUCACUAACAAUUUUUGUUCCCCCAGGGCAGACUUAAAGAGCGACCCUUUAGGAAAUCCAGACAUGGUCCUCUAUGUGGAUGGUUCAGCCUCCAGAGACUCAGAGAUGGGAAAGAACAAAGUAGGUUUUGCCGUAGUCUCAGAUCACGAGGUCCUUAAGGCGUCGUGUCUGUCCUCAAACCUGUCGGCGCAGGCCGGAGAGCUCUGUGCCCUUAUUGAGGCAUGCAAAUUGGCGGCAGGGCAAUCUGUCAAUAUUUUUAUGGACAGUAGGCACGCAUUUGGUGUUGUGCACGAUUUUGGCACCAUUUGGAAACAGAAAUUUUCUCACUAGCACAGGAUCUCCCAUUGCACAUCAUAAACUGGUCUCUUAGUUGUUGGAUGCUAUUCUACUCCCUAGAGCCAUUGCUGUGUGUAAGUGUGCUGCCCAUACUAACAAUACUGAUCUUGUGUCUCAAGGGAAUGCCAGGGCGGACGCGGCAGCUAAGUGUGCAGCCUCAGCUUCCAGUUCACCCUCUAACCUUGCUUUUCCUCAGGUUUCUACCUCCUGUUUACAGCUAGUGGACCUUCAGAGCACUGCCACCCAGGACAAGAGACGAGUCUGGAAACAGGCAGGCUGUAUCUUUGCAAACUCGGUCUGGGUUUGUCCCUCGGGCUGUCCCUGUUUACCAAAACACGUUCCCUUUCGAUGCAAAAUUGGCACAUGGGCUCAUCCAUGUGUCAAAAGGGGGGAUGGUAGCAGAAGUAACAAAGAGAUGGUUCACAAAGGGGUUUUCAAAUUAUGCUGCGAAAUUUUGCAAGCAAUGCUUGAUAUGUGCACAACAUAAUGCAGGUCAAGGUAACAAACUAACUCAAGCAGCACACCCAAUACCAGACAAACCAUUUGAUCAUCUUCAAAUGGACUUCAUUGAACUGACACCUAGUGAGGGGAAAAGGUAUUGCCUGGUAAUAGUUUACAUGUUUUCAAAAUGGGUUGAAGUAUAGACCCUUUUCACUCACGUGACCUUCGUAAACGCGACCGCCAUUUUGGACAUGAAGAAAUAACGGUUUAUGGCACAGACCUUUUCGGUUCUCGCUCAUCUAGCUGCUACAAUGACUGCUUAGACUGCAACAAUAAUACCUAACACACAUUUAAGUAUCCGUCGUAAAGAAGUGAAACUCGUCGAGUGACGAGUGUGUUCAUUGAUAAGCUAACACAAUCUAAAAGUAGACAUACCAUCACACUGCCCUGGCGCUGUAUACAGUUUACCUUCUAUGGUUUGUGCACUCACUAUUUGCCAUUACUUUCUCCAACCCAGUGUUCGAACUAUGCCGAUAUUUUCGGGG